AUGUCGGCGUCCAGGUUAUCCAAAUCUUUUCAGGAUUCCCUUCAGAUCGAACAGAAGGAAGACUCGGACACAACGGCUCAACUUCUCUCAUCAUUGAGUCCCAAACAGCUUCAAUCCAAAGGGCUCGCCAUCCUAUCACUUGAGAUCACCAAUACGAGGCCUGGAUACGGUGGUAAAACCAUCAUUGAAUUAGCCAAGCAUUCCAGUACCGUGGGAUCGAAAAGGAAAUCAAAGCAAAAAGACCAACCAGAUGAGUCUUUGGAAUUCGGAGAUUUUAAAGUCGGUGAUAUGGUAGUACUGGACAGCUACCAGGCUUCUGACUACAACCCCAAGAAAUUAAAAAACUCGUCUAAGAAGUCUGAUCAGGAAGCACACGAAGAUCUGGAGCAAGUUGACCUGGAAGCCGUUGUGGUCAAGAUGAGAAAGAAUGAGAUACAUAUUGCUUUGAGCUCAGAUUCCAACUCGCAGUCUGUUUCAAGUAUAAAGAUUGACGAAAAGCUGGCUCAUCUGAACAAUAAUAGCAUGAAAUGCUGGCUCGUGAAAUUGUCAAACACUAUAACUUACAAAAGAAUGGCUCAAGGGCUGACGAGGCUGAGUGAAGUAAAUUCAGACUCUGCUCCCGAGUUGAUUCGUCUUCUUUUAGGCGAAGAACAGUUCAAAGCACCCACAUCUUCAGAUUUGGUUUCUAAGAUGGAAAAUCUGACCUUUGAAAAUGACGGACUCAACGAUUCCCAGCGUGAGGCCAUCAACUUUGCCCUACAAUCUCCCAUAACCAUCAUUCACGGACCUCCAGGAACCGGAAAAACUAGUACAUUGGUUGAGUUGGUCAGACAAUUGGUAAAGGCUAGAGGUAGCUCCAGCAAACGAAUCUUGAUCUGCGGCCCUUCAAACAUAUCUGUUGACACAAUCUUGGAAAGAUUGGACGAUUUAUACCCAAACAAGGCGGAUUCAAUGUCUAAAUUGAUCCGUGUUGGUCACCCAGCACGAUUGUUAAGUUCCAUUCUCAACCACAGUUUAGAGCUACUCAUCCAAGGCUCAGAGUCGAAUGAGAUUCUCAAAGAUAUCAUUAAGGAGAUUCAAGAUCUGAUGAAAAAGUCUAAAAAGAUGAAGAGUUACAGAGAAAGAAAAGACUGCUAUUUGGAUGUCAAGAACCUUAGAAAAGACCUCAGAGAAAGGGCAAGAAAAAUCACGUCAGAGCUGAUCAGAAGUAGUCAAGUGGUGGUUUCAACUUUGCAUGGAGCGUCCUCUAGAGAGCUUUUUGACGCUGCACUCAAUUCUCAAGAGGGAUUGUUUGAUACUUUGAUUAUUGAUGAAGUGUCGCAAUCUUUGGAGCCUCAAUGUUGGAUUCCACUUAUGGCCCACACAGGUAUCAAUAAGUUGAUUAUUGCAGGAGACAAUAAACAAUUAUCACCCACUAUAAAGACUCUUCCAGAGGGGAAGCAGAAGAGUAAGGUGGUGGACAUACUUAGCACCACCCUUUUUGACCGGUUAGUGUCCAUUCACGGACAAUCCUUUGUCAAAUUUUUAAACAUACAGUAUCGAAUGAAUGAAAAAAUUAUGAGAUUCCCAAGCAAUGAACUCUAUGGGGCUAAAUUGAUUGCUCACAAGUCAGUAGCUAAUAAAACCUGUCUUGAUCUGCCUUACAGAGUCGAAGAAACUGAUGAUACCAUAGAACCAUUGAUAUGGUAUGAUACUCAAGGUGACGAGUUUCCUGAACAGGAGACCGAGGAAGAUCAAGGAUCGAAGUAUAAUGAGAAUGAGGCACUGCUGGUGGCCAAACAUGUCAGAAUUCUAUUGAAAGCAGGAGUUUUGCAAACUGAUAUUGGGAUAAUUUCUCCGUACAAUGCGCAGGUUUCUUUCCUCAAAGAGUUACUGAUAAACGGCGAUGACCAACUAACAGAGUUGGAAAUAUCAACGGUAGAUGGAUUUCAAGGUCGUGAGAAAGAAAUUAUCAUCUUGACUUUGGUUCGUUCAAAUAGAGAAAAAGAAGUUGGCUUCUUGAAGGAUUUCAGAAGGCUGAACGUGUCUAUGACCAGAGCUAAGAAGCAACUUUGCGUGAUUGGAGACAUGGAGACAUUAGGUGAGAAUGAAACUACAAAGUUUCUAUCUAAGUGGGUCAAAUGGUGUGAAGAGGAGGCUGAUUUGAGGUAUAUCGAUGUGAAUGAUCUAUAUGAGAAUUAG